CCCCACCUUGGGACAGACCCGGAAGCGGCCGCCGAGCUCCUGGGGGGAAGAUGGCGCCCUCGGGGCUGAAGGCGGUGGUGGGGGACAAAAUCCUGAACGGAGUCAUUCGGAGCGUGAAGAAGGAUGGGGAAUGGAAGGUGCUCAUCAUGGACUACCCAAGCAUGCGUAUCUUGUCGUCCUGUUGCAAAAUGUCAGACAUCCUGGCCGAGGGCAUUACCAUUGUCGAGGACAUCAACAAGCGGCGAGAACCCAUCCCCAGCCUGGAGGCCAUUUAUUUGCUGAGCCCCACGGAGAAGUCAGUCCAGGCCCUGAUCGCGGAUUUCCGGGGCACCCCCACUUUCACCUACAAAGCGGCACACAUUUUCUUCACCGACACAUGCCCCGAGCCCCUGUUCAGUGAGCUGGGGCGCUCCCGUCUGGCCAAAGUGGUGAAGACGUUGAAAGAGAUCCACUUGGCUUUCCUCCCAUACGAGGCCCAGGUAUUCUCCCUGGACGCCCCCCACAGCACCUACAACCUCUACUGCCCCUUCCGGGCCGGAGAGCGGACGCGACAGCUGGAAGCACUGGCCCAGCAAAUCGCCACCCUGUGCGCCACGCUGCAGGAGUACCCCGCCAUACGCUACCGCAAGGGCCCAGAAGACACAGCACAGCUGGCCCACGCUGUCCUGGCCAAGCUAAAUGCCUUCAAGGCUGACACUCCCAAUUUGGGCGAGGGCCCAGAAAAAACCCGCUCCCAGCUGCUGAUCGUGGACCGGGCUGCCGACCCUGUGUCACCACUGCUACAUGAACUCACCUUCCAGGCCAUGGCCUACGACUUACUGGACAUUGAGCAAGAUACAUACAGAUACGAGACCACCGGACUAAGUGAGACCAGGGAGAAGGCUGUGUUGCUGGACGAAGACGACGACCUCUGGGUGGAGCUGCGCCACAUGCAUAUUGCUGAUGUGUCCAAGAAGGUUACAGAACUCCUGAAGACAUUCUGUGAGAGCAAGAGAAUGACCACCGACAAGGCCAACAUUAAAGACCUGUCCCACAUCCUGAAAAAGAUGCCACAGUACCAAAAGGAGCUGAACAAGUAUUCCACGCACCUGCACUUAGCCGACGACUGCAUGAAGCGCUUCAAGGGCUCCGUGGAGAAGCUGUGCAGUGUGGAGCAGGACCUGGCCAUGGGCUCGGACGCGGAGGGCGAAAAGAUCAAGGACAGCAUGAAGCUGAUCGUGCCGGUGCUGCUGGACGCAGCGGUGCCCGCCUAUGACAAGAUCCGGGUGCUGCUCCUCUACAUCCUGCUGCGGAACGGCGUGAGCGAGGAGAACCUGGCCAAGCUGAUCCAGCACGCCAACGUACAGGCGCACAGCAGCCUCAUCCGCAACCUGGAGCAGCUGGGCGGCACCAUCACCCACGCCGGGGGCUCCGGAACCUCCGGCCAGAUGGAGCGCAGGGAACGCACAGAGCCCACCUACCAGCUGUCCCGCUGGACCCCGGUCAUCAAGGACGUGAUGGAGGAUGCUGUGGAAGACCGGCUAGACCGCAAGCUGUGGCCCUUCGUGUCUGACCCUGCCCCAAUGCCCAGCUCCCAGGCUGCUGUGAGUGCCCGCUUUGGCCACUGGCACAAGAACAAGACUGGCGUGGAGACCCGGACCGGACCCCGGCUCAUCGUGUACGUAGUGGGCGGCGUGGCCAUGUCAGAGAUGAGGGCAGCCUACGAGGUGACCAGAGCCACCGAGGGCAAGUGGGAGGUGAUCAUAGGCUCCUCCCACAUCCUCACCCCCACCCGCUUCCUGGAUGACCUCAAGAUGCUGGACCAGAAACUGGAGAACGUAGCCCUGCCGUGACCUCGGCCGUGACCUUGGCCGUGACCUCGCCUCUCCCCCACCCCCUCUUUCCAGAG